GCGUGAACUCUCGCGAGAGCAGGAACAACCUCACGGAAGGGCGUCUUUGUGGAAGUUAGAGCAGUAUGUUCCGGCCCGCGCCGUCUUGGAGCCAACUGGACCCACAGCAGGAGCGCGACGUUCGCGAGCUCAUUCGCCAUGUGGCUGGCCUUCAGGAUGAGGCGGACCCCAACUUCCAGCUCGCCCUGCACUUUGCCUGGUCCAACUUCAGAUUUCAUCAUUUCUUGGGUGUUAACAGCCACAAAGUAGAAAAAACAAUAGAAGGAAUUUAUGAAAAAUUCAUCAUUCAUUCUGAUCUCAGCAAAGCUGCUAGUUGGAAGAGAUUAACUGAGGAAUUUCUAAAUGCAUCUCUUCUGAGCAUAAAGGAAAUAAAGACAGAUGUGCAUUAUUCAAUACUGUCACUUCUUCUGUGUCUGUCUGAUUCUCCUUCAAACAGCAAUUAUGUGGAAACACCAAGAGAUAAAGAAGUGGAAAAGAAAGAUGAUUUUGACUGGGGAAAAUACUUGAUGGAAGGUGAAGAAAUUGCCCUUGGUCCGAAUGUAGACACACCAAACUGGUCUGAAGAAAGUGAAGACGAAGAUGAUCAACAGCCCUUAAGUAGAGAAGACUCUGGGAUUCAAGUGGACAGGACACCAUUAGAAGAACAAGAUCAAAACAGAAAAUUGGGGCCUCGUGUCAGCUGGAAAGGUGGAACACCUACGUCUUCCGGUCUUGAAGGUAUGGCCAUGUAUAGGAACAUCCCCUGCAUAGACUGUAUGUCUGGAAACGUAGGCUGGCUGGCUGGAGAUAUAGCAGUAGAUGAGCCAAAUGGCCGAAGCUGGCUGGAGCAGCAUGUUGUUCAUCAGUACUGGACAGCCAGAUCCUCAAGGUUUCCUCAUAGUUUACAUUUGCACUCCAAUUUAGCCUCUGUCUGGGACCAACACUUGUAUAGCAGUGACCCAUUAUAUGUUCCUGAUGACAGAGUUUUUGUUACUGAGACACAGGUUAUUCGGGAAACCUUAUGGUUACUUUCAGGGGUAAAAAAGCUCUUUAUAUAUCAGUUGAUAGAUGGGAAGGUAACUGUGAGAAACAGUAUUAUAGUAACUCAUUUGACACAUAGCUGUUUACGAUCAGUGCUAGAACAAAUAGCAGCAUAUGGCCAAGUUGUGUUUCGGCUCCAGGAAUUCAUCGAUGAAGUCAUGGGGCACAGCUCCGAAAGCAUGUUACCUGGAAAUGGUUCUCUUCCCAAGAAGUUGACUGAAGCUCCCUUUAGGACAUACCAGGCUUUCAUGUGGGCCCUGUACAAAUACUUUAUUAGUUUCAAAAAGGAACUUACAGACAUUGAGAAGUACAUCAUCAAUAAUGACACUACAAUAACUCUUGCAAUAGUGGUGGACAAGUUGUCACCUCGACUGGCUCAGCUCAAAGUUCUCCACAAAGUAUUUAGUACUGGAGUAGCAGAAGUUCCACCUGACACUCGAAAUGUUGUUCGGGCAUCUCAUCUGCUCAACACACUGUACAAGGCCAUUCUUGAAUAUGACAUUGUUGGAGAAGCCUCUGAGCAAACUGUCUCCCUGCUGUUCUCUCUCUGGGUGGAAACAGUAAGACCCUACCUGCAGAUUGUGGACGAGUGGAUCGUGCAUGGGCACCUAUGUGACUGCGCUAGGGAGUUCAUCAUCCAGAGAAACAAAAAUGUUCCAGUAAAUCACAGAGACUUUUGGUAUGCAACUUACACACUAUACAGCGUAUCGGAAAAGACAGAAAAUGAAGAAAAAAUGAGUGAUAAUGCUAGUGCAAGUUCUGGCAGUGACCAGGGGCCCUCCAGCAGGCAGCAUACCAUGGUGUCCUUCCUCAAACCUGUCCUUAAGCAGAUAAUUAUGGCUGGCAAGUCAAUGCAGCUGCUGAAGAACCUGCAAUGUGCAAAGAGCACCACGUGCCAGGACACAGCCAGAGAUGCAGAGAGAAAAAGCUUGUAUACCCUGUUUCUGGAAUCUGUACAGUCGCGUCUUCGACAUGGAGAAGAUUCCACUGCACAGGUCCUCACUGAGCAGCAGGCUACCAAAGAGAACCUAAUUAAGAUGCAGUCCAUUGCUGAAAGGCAUCUUGAACUGGAUGAUGUUCACGAUCCCCUGCUGGCAAUUAACUUUGCAAGGUUGUAUUUGGAACAGAGUGACUUUCAUGAGAAGUUUGCUGGUGAAGAUAUAUGUGUGGAUAGAUCAUCAGAAUCUGUGACAUGCCAGACUUUUGAGUUAACACUGAGAUCUUGCCUCUAUCCUCAUAUUGAUAAGCAGUAUCUCGAGUGCUGUGGAAACCUCAUGCAAACUCUGAAAAAAGACUACAGAUUGGUUGAGUACUUACAGGCCAUGAGAAAUUUUUUCUUAAUGGAAGGUGGAGAUACCAUGUAUGACUUCUACACAUCAAUUUUUGAUAAAAUAAGAGAAAAGGAAACCUGGCAGAAUGUGUCUUUUCUUAAUGUUCAGCUUCAGGAAGCAGUAGGACAACGUUAUCCUGAAGAUAGUUCACGUCUGUCUAUAUCUUAUGAAAAUGUUGACACAACUAAGAAGAAACUCCCUGUUCAUGUCUUAGAUGGUCUAACCUUGAGCUACAAGAUCCCAUGGCCUGUGGAUAUUGUUAUAAGUUUGGAAUGUCAGAAAAUUUAUAAUCAGGUGUUCCUUCUCUUAUUGCAGAUAAAAUGGGCAAAAUAUAGUCUGGAUGUUUUACUAUUCGGUGAGCUAACUAGUACUGCUGGAAAACCACAGUUCAGAGAAGGACUUUUAUGUGAAGAAGACACAACUGUUCAAUUUGGACCACAGAAGGAAACAGUAAGACAACAGAUUCAUCGUAUGUUCCUCUUGAGAGUGAAGCUCAUGCACUUUGUGAACAGCUUACACAACUACAUCAUGACCAGGAUUCUUCACAGUACAGGACUAGAGUUUCAACAUCAAGUCGAGGAAGCCAAGGAUUUAGAUCAGUUGAUUAAAAUUCACUAUAGAUAUUUGUCCACCAUCCAUGAUCGAUGCUUGCUGAGAGAAAAGGUCAGUUUUGUGAAAGAAGCCAUCAUGAAGGUACUGAAUUUGGCUCUCAUGUUUGCGGAUGGUUGGCAAGCAGGCCUAGGGGCAUGGCAAAUGGAAUCUAUAGAGAAAAUGGAGUCUGAUUUUAAAAACUGCCAUAUGUUUAUUGUAACCAUUUUAAACAAAGCUGUCUGUAGAGGAUCCUUUCCCCAUCUGGAAUCUCUAGCACUGUCACUCAUGGCUGGCAUGGAACAAAGUUAAAUAUCUUUAUUGUAUUAUAUACCUCAGAUUUGAUCUUCAUACAUAUAAUUCCACUAUAUGCACCUGAGGAGUGGAAAUCUCUAUUUUGAUUUAUUUUGAAAACUGUUGUCUACUGUCUAAACAAGUACAUUUGUAGGUAUUUUCUUUGGAGAUUAUUGGAUAGUAUAUAAAUUUAUGUGUAUAAAAUUGUAUCAAUAAAGUGUAUAUAGGCUGUUUACACUUAUAUUUCCUACCAUAAGCUAUAGAUUUAUGGUGAAUUAUGUGAAUUAUGUCAUUUUGAAAUGCAAUUAUUGCUAUUAAAAAUAAAGCAUUUUAAAUUCUUCUAUUCUCCUUUUA